GCUACUGCUGGUCGCCCAGACAUUCGCCAGCGCCUGAAACUGCUUCUUCCUUAUUCCCUUUUACUUGCUCUUCCUUCAAAAUAUGUAGUAACAUCUACUCUGUGCGAGUCACCAGCUAAGCCGUGGGGACAAAAGUGAGAAAAACACCCCACCAUGCCAUCAUGAACUCAGACUGGUGACGAAGAAAGACUAAUCAGAAUCUCUGAAAUAAAUAUGAGUACAGCUUUGAGAAGGACUAGGACUAGAGGGGAUAUGACUUAGUCUGGGUGUCGGGAAGGUUUCCCUGGGGAAGCAACAUUUGAGCUGAAAGGUGACGAGUUAGUAUGCCAGGAAGAGUUAGUAUACAAAAGUCAAGACAGAGGGAAUGUGGUACCUGUAAGAAGCAGUGGAAGUGAAAUGUACAAGUCUACGAAAUUAAAAUCAGACGUCUUAGAGUGCAUAGCUAAAUGUGACUUGCCUUAUUAAAGAUCAGUCCCUAGAAAAUUUUAUGAGCAAAGCUCAGGUGUUGGAAGAAAAUAUUUGCUUUUGGCUUUCUGAGUUCACAUUAUUAAAAUACGACGAGUAAGAUUCCCCACAGAUGAAAACAUCAAAAGAAAAUGGGUAUUAGCAAUGAAAAGACUUGAUGUGAAUGCUGCAGGCAUUUGGGAGCCUAAAAAAGGAGAUGUGUUGUGUUCAAGGCACUUUAAGAAGACAGAUUUUGACAGAAGUGCUCCAAAUAUUAAACUGAAACCUGGAGUCAUACCGUCUAUCUUUGAUUCCCCAUCUCACUUACAGGGGAAAAGAGAAAAGCUUCAUUGUAGGAAAAACUUCACCCUCAAAACCCUUCCGGUCACAAACCACAAUCACCAACGUGUUGGUGCUUCCUCGUGUAUUGAAGAAUUCCAAUCCCAGUUCAUUUUUGAACAUAGCUACAGUGUAAUGGACAGUCCAAAGAAACUUAAGCAUAAAUUAGAUCAUGUGAUCAGCGAGCUAGAGGAUACCAAGAAAAGUCUGCGGAAUGUUUUAGACCGAGAAAAACGUUUCCAAAAAUCACUGAGGAAGACAAUCAGAGAAUUAAAGGAUGAAUGUCUCAUCAGCCAAGAAACAGCAAAUAGACUGGAAGCUUUCUGCUGGGAGUAUUGUCAGGAGAGCAUAGAACGAGGCUAUAUUUCAUGAAAUAAUUUCAUGUUGUAUUCUACCUAAAAUUGACAUUGGUACAGAUUUUUGGAAAAUAAUUCUUACUUACCAUCAUUAAAUAAUAUCCCUCAUUUAGAGUGCUUCUUUGGAUCUUCUGCAGCAUUAUGCAUUAUAGUUAUCCAAAGACUCUUUUUGAAGACAUGCAGAAAUUUGUGCUAGUUAUCGUGUUUUUGUGUGACUUGUGAAAAUUAUGUGUUUUAGACCUAAACUAGUUCAGGUCACUAUUGUAAGAUGUUAAAAGAUCAGGAAAAUUCCACAAGACUAAGGAAAUGAUAUCAAAUGAGCCAUGUUAAGUUGUAGUAUUAGGAACUGGAUGCUUCUUCGGUAGCAUUAAAUUUUGACUUCAAAGGAGUACUUUAUUAUUAUUUACUUAGGUACACUUUAUGGUAAAUGUGUUGAAUUGUACUUUAAAUGUAUCCUACUAUUUAAGCAGAAUUCAUUAUAACACAUGUCCAUCUUAGAUCCAAUCCAAGGUGCUUUUCUUAUCAACAAUACCAAAAGAUCUUUUUACAAGACAUCCCAUAGUACCGACCCUGAGAACACAUACGGUGCAGAUCUUUUGGCUUUUAAAGUUGUCCAGAGCCAAGUUAAGGAGACCUCUGACAAGAUCUCAGUUUUUCAGUACAGUACAUUCUUCCUCCUCAUUAGGAGCACUUUGAUAUAAACCUGCACAGCUUUGAAAAAGUGUAGAAAGGGUCAUAAAUCUGAUUUUUACAUAGCUAUUUACUCUGACAGUUCUUCUGAACAUUUUGUUUCAUGAUUAUUAUUUCAUCAUAAAAGUACAUCUUCAAAAUCUGAAUACCUGUACUAGAUGAAUACUUUGAACACUCCUUGGUAUUUUACAGAAAGCAAUAUUGCUGUCAUUUUUUAGAAUACAAAAUAUAGAAGAAACCAUUAAAAAAUAAUGAUGUGGCUCUUCCAGUUGAAAUAGGAAUUGGAGAAAGGGUUACAAUAUUUUAAUUAGAAGAGUAGAUUCCCAUCUAAGAGCUUUUAUUUAGAGAAAUAGGUAAGUAAAACAGCUUUAGAAUAGUUUCUUACUGAAUAUACAAAUAAUAACUCUUAGCUAUUUUCUGAUUGAUCCAAGUGUCAGAAAUUUUGGUUUGCUUCCAAUUACUUAGUAAAAACAACUGAAAUUAAGAGUCAUAAAUAUUAUGGAUUAGAAUAAAAUUUAUUAGCCCAAAGCCAAAUUCUACUUUGAAGUACACACACACACACACACACACACACACACACACAUAUCAAUCUCAUUCAUAUGUCUAUGCUAUAGUUUUAGAAUUUGAGUAUCAAUUAUUUCAAUAUAUAAACUGGAAAUGAACUGCAUUUUGUGCUAAAAUGUUUAUUGUAAUUUUAUUUGUGUUAUAGUAAUAUCAGUAAGGAGGAUAUGGUCACUUGAAUUUUUUAUAUUUAAGAAUUUUCUGUUUUAAUGCAUGUUAUAUCUUUAUGUAGGAUUACAAACCUUCCUUCUAAAUGGGACUUUACCCACAUUUAAGAGAUUGGCAAUAUUGCUAAUAAAUCACUGAGGUCAUACCUUUUUACUACCUUAAAAAAAAAAAACCUUAUUAGCUACCCAUUAUUUAUUUUAGUUAUUUAAUUUUGAAUUCAUAAUGGUCAUUCUAAUGGGAAGUUUGGUAUGACCUUAGGUUUUAUGAAUAUUCUGUGACAGAGGUAGAGACUUUUUCUCUCAUCCUAUUUUUUAGUAUAAAAAUUAUAGUCACUGGGCAAUGGAGGAUAGUAAAAGGAUAGAUCCAAAGCACUGUAUCUAAAGUCUAGCUCUCUAAAGGCUGCUUAGAAUAAAUCAAGCCCGGGAAAACA